ACUUCCUGUAGGGACUGAAAACCAAGUGAGGAGAUGAAGGAUUGCACCAUAAUACACCAGAGAAUACAGAGAGGAUAGAUACCGCAGAUAGAAUCUGACCAUCACCCAAGAAACAGCUGCGCAACUGUCCCUUCACAGCAUUGUUCAACACAGAAGGUUGGGCAGUGAAACCAUCAUCUGGAAAUUGGUCGGGUCAGGGAGCUUUGACACAUCAUCAGAUCUGAAACUGACCAGUGGUGUGGAGCCUUCUAGAACCAAUUUUUCUGAAGGUUUGGCUAUGGGCGAUUGGUCAGGGUGAGGCUGGGAAGAAGUGUGAGUGGGCUCCAAGUGUGGCGAGAGCUUCAAUCAUUCAUCGAGUCUCAUGAACCACUCACUCGUUCCUAUAGGUGAGAGGCUGUUCAAAUGUGAGGUGUGAGAGGAGGGCUCCACAGGCUCAUAAGAUCUAGCACACAAGGUGCAUCUGUUAUACAACUGUUAAGACAAGUGCAGCUUCAUGGAAGAGGAGCCAUUCAAGUGUGAGGUUUGCAACCGAGCUUUCACACAUUCAUCGAAGCUCAUGAAUCACCAGCGCAUUCACACUGGGGAGAAGCCGUUCAAAUGUGAAGUGUGUAACCAGGGCUUUGCACAAUUAUCAGAUCUGGUGAAACACCGGCGCAUUCACACAGGGGAGAAACCAUUCAGAUGCAAAGUGUGUAUCAAAUCAUUCUCUGAUCCAUCGAAUCUCCGCGCACACCAGCGCAUUCACACAGGGGAGAAACCGUUCAAGUGUGAGGUGUGUAACCAGAGCUUUGCACAGUUAUCAGAUCUGGUGAAACACCGGCGCAUUCACACAGGGGAGAAACCAUUCAGAUGUAAAGUGUGUAUCAAAUCAUUCUCUGAUCCAUCAAACCUCCGUGCACACCAGCGCAUUCACACAGGGGAGAAACCAUUUGCAUGUGAGGUAUGUGACAAAUCAUUCUCAUCGUCAUCAGAUCUCUGCGUACAUCAACGCAUUCACACAGGAGAGAAACCGUUCAAAUGCGAGGUGUGUUACAAACCAUUCUCAUCAUCAUCAGGUCUCCACAGACACCAACGCAUUCACACUGGGGAGAAACCGUUCAUGUGUGAGGUGUGUGACAAAUCAUUCUCACAGUCAUCGAAUCUCCGCACACACCAAAUCACUCACACAGGGGAGAAACCAUUCAAGUGUAAGGUGUGCGACAAAUCAUUCUCACUGUCAUCGAACCUCCUGCUCCAUCAGAGGAUUCACACAGGGGAGAAACCAUUCAUGUGCGAGGUGUGUGACAAAUCAUUCUCAGUGUCAUCGAGCCUCCGUUUACACCAACGCAUUCACACCGGGGAGAAACCAUUCAUGUGUGAGGUGUGUGACAAAUCAUUCUCACAGUCAUCGAAUCUCCGCACACACCAAAUCACUCACACAGGGGAGAAACCAUUCAAGUGUAAGUUGUGUGACAAAUCAUUCUCACUGUCAUCGAACCUCCUGCUUCAUCAGAGGAUUCACACAGGGGAGAAACCAUUCAUAUGCAAGGUGUGUGACAAAUCAUUCUCAAGGUCAUGCUACCUCCGUGUCCAUCAGAAGAUCCAUACAAGGGGCGUAACCCUUGAAGUGUAAGGUUUGUGAUGAAUGUUUCAUGACACCGUUGACCAUCCAGGACACCAGAGGAUUCACACAGAGGCAAAACCAUCAGAUGUGACGUGUGUGACAAGGCUUUCAUACAGUCAGUGAAUCUCCUGGUCCAUCAAUGCACUCACAAGGGGAGAGAGACACCCUAUUGGUGUGUUUGUAAUAAAGCCUUCACCUAGUUGUCGGACCUCCUGAAACAUCAGUGAACUCAAGGGGAGCUGCUUAGCCAAGUUUUAGCCAAUUUGUUGUCAGAGUGUGAACCUCGACACAGCCUCACUGGAAAGGAUGUCCAGUGGUAUUGAGGCACAGAACAAGAAACAGCUUUCACUCACAUUAAACAACUAGUGACGACAACACCAGUGCUGAGGUAUCAUGAUGUUAUAAAGGGAAUAUAAUUUUUCUUAAUGUUACUGUGGGACACUGAAGCAGGCUUAUAUGUGUGUAUCUGUGUGUGUGUGUUGCCUGUGUGUGUGACUAAUUAAACUGAAGACAGGCUGCAAGUUUUGAAACAUCAAAGGUGUUCAGUGUAAAAGCAAGCAUUUUGAAAUGGAAAUGAACAAGCUACCAUUUGCAUCUGUAGAUGAGUUGAGAGGCACAACAGAAAGUUUUAUAACUGGCAAAAAUCAUAAAUAAGGCAAAGUUAUUAAGUUUAUUUUUCCCGAAAGUGCUGGCUACAAUGACAACAUGAAAGA